GGUGGUAGUACUACAACUAGAACAUGCGCGUCCCGUGUUUGUUCACUUCGCAGAUUCCAUAAAAAAACGCUCGUUUAUAUUUCCGUUCGACCGAAAUCGUAGCGCCGUCGCUGCAUGAAACGCGAUCUUACCAGGUCACCGAGAUACAUUCGUCCCGUGCUUCGACUCGAAGCCUAUUUUCGAGGCGCCCAAAAAGUAGAAGACGCCGCGACACCAAUUACCUUGUGCGACACGCGCAUCGCACGAGUCCUCUGUCACGAAGGCCCGAUCCCGCUUCUAGAAGUAGUUAGAAGCUCGAUUCCGCGGAGCCCGAAACCGGCGGCAAUGCGCGCGAGGGAUGGGAUGCAGCGAGCAUGGCGCGCACUAUCCGCGCUUUGGCUUACCAGCGUCGUCUCCUCGUGCCGCGCACAAACCAUCCACGCCUCUCAAGCGGUCUUUCUCACGGACUGCCAGAAUGCAUGGGCAAGGACGUUUGAGGGGUGGACGCAGGGAGCCAAUUGCAGCGCCGCGUAUGGGCUUGAGUGCGACGGUUCUGGCAUGAUCACCAGAAUGAUUAUCUCGAAUAAUUCACUCACGGGCUCCAUUCCCGACAGCAUCUCCUCGCUCACAGCACUCACACAGCUGGAUUUGAGUGAUAACAAACUUUCUGGGUCUAUUCCAACCGGAGUUGGAAAGCUUUCUCGCUUGAAAGAACUGAGUUUAAGAAUUAACUCCCUCACGGGCUCCAUUCCCAACAGCAUCUCCUCGCUCACUGCUCUCACACGGCUGCAUUUGAGCGUCAAUCGACUCACUGAGCCUAUUCCAGCUGGAAUUGGAAACCUCACGUCGUUGCAAACCUUGAGUCUUAGGAUCAACUCCCUCAUGGGCUCCAUUCCCGACAGCAUCUCCUUGCUCACUGCUCUCACACGGCUGGAGUUGAGCACUAAUAUUCUUGAUGGACCUAUUCCAGCCGGCAUUGGGAAGCUUUCUAACUUGGAAGAACUGUCCUUGUCUUCCAACAAGCUCUCUGGACCCAUCCCAGACUCCAUCGGCUCCCUCUCCAAAUUGGUUGUUCUGUCUCUUGACGACAACAACAAUCUGUCAGGGCCCAUUCCAACAUCUGCUGGAGGGCUUUCAAACUUGAAGGAGUUCAACAUUGAUGGCACGAACCUCACUUGCCCCGCUGACAACAGCUGUGGCCAAACCCAAUCGCCAAGCAUCCCAGCUCUGUGCAAGAUUUGUGGCAGCUUUUGCACUUGUGGUCUAUCAAAGGGAGCCAUUGUUGGCAUUGCUGCUGCUGCUGUGGUCAUACUCCUCCUGCUUCUGGCUGCCAUUCUGCUCUACUUCAAGCAUAAGAGGCAGAAAAACUCAAAAGUCCUGUGUGCCAGUCUGGCCGCUGCGCACUGCACGGAGUUCUCUCUGGCUGAGGUUCUCAAGGCCACCAACAACUGGUCCAGGGACAACCAGCUUGGCUCGGGUGCAUUUGGUGAUGUCUACAAGGGAGUGUCUCCCCGCGAUGGCACCACAGUGUGGGCUGUGAAGCGAGCCAAGCUGAUUGACGUGGACUUUCACAGGGAGGUCCAGCAGAUGGCCGACAAGAACCAUCCCAACAUUGUGCGGCUGCUUGGGUUUGCUGUUGGAGGGGACUUGAGGACACGGCCAGAGCAAGUCCUCAUCUACGAAUAUGUGCCCAACGGUGACCUCGAAAAGUGGAUCGAUUCAAAGUUGUCAUCUCCCUUGAGCCUGCAGCAGCGGCUGGGCAUACUCGUCGGUGCUGCUCGUGGCUUUGAGUACCUCCAUCGCUUUGGCAUUGUGCAUCGCGACAUCAAACCCGCCAACAUCCUCAUUGGAGACGACAUGCAGGCCAAGAUUGCAGAUUUCGGGCUUUUGAGAGUGGGAGAGGGUACCACAGUGGGCAUUACUCGAAUCAUGGGAACACCGGGCUAUGUGGAUCCCGUUUACUCCAGGACGUCAAAAACAACCACCGCCACUGAUGUCUACAGCUUUGGUGUGCUCAUGCUUGUGGUGGUCACUGGACGCCCUCCACUCUCCGAAUCUUACGGCGAGAGCAGCCACAUCCUGUCAUGGGUGUCUGAGUGUCUGUCCUCCAACACCAUAGCGAGCCUCAAGACCCCUGGCAUGGAUGCCCCUGAGGCUGCUAUGCUGCGCGUGGCUGAGCUGGCGAUCAGCUGCACUGUGGAGCGCACUGCAAGCCGCCCAACCAUGGCUCACGUUGCCAACGAGCUGCAGGCCAUCAGGGAGGAGGUGGUGGGGAAAGACGAGCUGAUCGCUGCCGUCAAGGUGGAUGCGGAGGUUCAAGAGAUGAAUGCGUCAGUUGAGUUGAAUCUAGAGUCGCAACUCCAGUUGAUUGGGGACAGCUUUCAAGCUGAAAUCCCAGUCUAGUGUAGUGACAAGACAUCCUUCCAUUGAGUUAACAAUUGGUUAGAGUUGUGGAGUAAAUUUUUCCUGUUUGACCUCAAAGUUUCAAUAUCCUAGUAGCCUGUUAGUAGUGUCCGGGAACAUCUAGGGUCUGCCCCAAGUGUGCUGCACAGGAGUUGUUAAUGGACA